UAACAUUUGCCAUGAGACUCAUAGAAAAAUUGCUUACAUUUUUUUUUCCAUUAUAAGUUAUAACUAGAAUUGUAUAAUGUUGUAAUUUGUUUCGAAUUAAAUAUAAUAUAAUCCAAUUCUUGAUGUCAAUAAUUUGUGAAUAUUGGAAAAAGACCAGAUUGCUAUUUAAACCGAAUCCAAGCGGACUGAAAUCAUCUAUCUCUAGGUGGCUUCUGUAGAAAAACCGCCAUGACCGAGUUGGGGCAAGCAACAGGAAAAUUGAAUGGCCGAGAAGAAGAUGCUAUUACUACUACUACUGACAGGUUAAGCCAUCUUCCGGACUCCAUCAUUCAUCAAAUCCUUUCGUUGCUCGACGACACCAAGUCCGCCGUUCAGACGUGCGUACUGUCCCCACUCUGGCGAUCCGCCUGGAAACAUGUCCCCGUCCUCGCUUUCGAUGGACAAUCCUUCCACAAAUACUCAAGCUUUUGCUGGUUCGUCUACAGAGUCCUGUCUCUCCGCAAUCCCGUUGUUGAUGCCCUCAAGAUCAGCUACGCUGACGAGGAGUUUUACGAGCGGAGAAACCGUAAAUUGCUGGCUAGGGUUAUUCAAUACGCGGCUUCCCAUGGUACUCAACACCUCGCGAUUGACGUGUAUAAGCUACCGAUGGCUUUUCUGGACGAGAGUUUCAGGUUCUCCCAGUUCUUUGCCCCGAUUUUGAAUUCGAAUUUCAAAACCCUAGAAUUUGAAGGUUACCUUGUCCUGGACAGUGGGAUGGGAUCUCCUGGUUUCGAGAACGUGACUACAUUAGAAUUGGAUGGCUGCCUGCUGGGGUAUGAUGCGGAAGAGGAAUGGGAUCCUGAUCCCUUUUCUAAUUUCCCUUUGUUUGGAAAAUCUGGUCUCGACGGAUUGCAACUAUGGCUCUAUUUUUUACAGUGACAAAAGGAGUUUGAGGAUCUCCGGGCUCAGUUUGCUUAGUCUGAAACUCGUGAACAUGAGUAGUUGUAAUAAUAGUUGUAAGAUUGAAGUAUUUGCCCCGAAACUCAAGUUCUUCGGUCUCUGGGAUUGGGGGCUGUACAAAGGAUUCAAUGGUAUAAGCCUUCCUUCCCUUGAGCAUGCCUAUGUUGAAGGUUAUGACCUGGACACAAGAAGCUAGGUAGAAAGGAAUUUGUGGAGCGAGAUUUGAUCCCCUUGUUCCGAGCUUUGAGUAAUGCAAAAUCUCUAACGCUGCAUUCCCAGACCAUCUUGGUACUACUUUCUUUGUUUCGGAUUAGUGAGCUUGCGCCCAAUGUAUGUGGUUCCAUUCUCCAGGAAGUACUGGCUUACACUUGAUGUUUAUCUCUGUUAUGUUUUAGAUGCUAAGUGAAUUCUAUGAGUUGCUGGAACAACCAUCUCCGCUUAAGAGGCUGAAGUCAUUGAUCGUGGAUGGUGACAGUAUACCUCGCAAACUAAUCGAUUAUUUCCUUAAAGGUACUUCUACUGCUAGAGAACACAAACAUCAAGCUUCGGCAAGAACAGAGUAGUUGGCAUUCUUGCCUUAGUUUCUUACUCAGCAUAACAAUGUGUGGGUUGUUGUCUGACUUUUGCAGGUGAUAUGAAAACAGGGGAUCACCCUGGGUUGUCAAUCCGUAGGAGUUAAAAGAUCCCUUUAAUGCUUGCCCAAGAACUUAGCCAUUACGAAGAACAAGAGAUUGACGAAAGUGAGGUAAGCGAGCAUAUACUGUUGCUGCUCAAACCAAGGAUUGAAAUACCGUAUCGGAGAUCGUACUAGAAACGUCAGAGAUACUUUAUGCUAAAAUCUUGGUUUAAUUGUGGUUCAACCACUUCAUAUUGUUAAAUGAUGCCUACCAGUAUGAGAUUUUCUGAUCGAACCACCUAUGUGGUAUACUUUUUUAAUUCUUUGUUUAAACUUCAAAAAUAAGAUGUUUACGUUUAC